GGCGCAUGCGCAGAGGAGUCGCAGAGAGGAAGCGCGACAGAGAGCAGUAGCAACGGACGAGCUGCGGCUGAUCUCCUCUGACACAAUUAUGUCUGUCUCGCCACCACCAGUUUCCCUCAGGUAUCCGUUUACCGGAGCCUGAAUGGCGUUGGUAACUGUGCAGCGGUCGCCUACUCCAAGCGCAACAUCCAGCCCGUGCGUUUCGGAGUCUGGCAGUGGGGAAGAUGACCGCCGGUCUCAGCCCAGAAGCAUCAGUGAGAGCUUUCUAACAGUGAAAGGUGCCGCCCUUUUUCUUCCACGUGGGAAUGGCUCCUCCUCUUCCUCAUCCUGCUCCUCCAGAAUUACAGGACAGCGCAGCAAACAUGCAGGGGACAUUCAGCAGCACCUGCAGACCAUGUUCACUUUACUGCGGCCAGAGGACAACAUCCGUCUGGCUGUGCGGUUGGAGAGCACCUUCCCCCAGUGUACCCGCUACAUGGUGGUGGUCUCCACUAAUGGUAGACAGGACACAGAAGAGAGCGUGGUGCUGGGCAUGGACUUCAGCCCUUCCGACAGUUCCUUUUCCAUAGGCAUGGUGCUUCCUCUGUGGAGUGACACACGGAUCCACCUGGAUGGUGACGGGGGUUUCAGUGUGUCUACAGAUAAUAGGAUACACAUAUUCAAGCCAGUCUCAGUCCAAGCCAUGUGGUCAGCCCUGCAGUCUCUUCAUAAGGCCUGUGAAGUGGCCCGCUGUCAUAACUACUUCCCAGGCAGCCUCUUCCUGACCUGGGUGAGCUACUACCAGAGCCAGAUGUCCUCAGAUCAGUCCCGCAUCAACGAGUGGAACGCCAUGCAGGACGUGCAGUCCCACCGCGCAGACUCGCCUGUGCUCUUCUCUGAUGUGCCAACUGAGCGAGAAAGAACAGAGAGACUCAUCAAGAAUCGCUUGAGAGAGAUCAUGACGCAAAAGGACCUUGAGAACGUCACUUCAAAAGAUAUCCGCACGGAGCUGGAGAUGCAGAUGGUGUGUAACCUACGGGAGUUUAAGGAGUACAUUGAUAAUGAGAUGAUCGUCAUCUUGGGGCAGAUGGACAGGCCCACAGAGAUUUUUGAGCAUGUUUACCUGGGUUCUGAAUGGAAUGCAUCUAAUCUGGAAGAACUACAAAACAGCGGGGUGCAAUACAUCCUUAACGUGACGCGGGAGAUCGAUAACUUCUUUCCAGGGCUAUUCGAGUACCACAAUAUCCGGGUUUACGAUGAAGAGGUCACAGACUUGCUGGCUUACUGGAAUGACACUUACAAGUUCAUUUCUAGAGCCAAGAAAGCAGGGGCGAAGUGUCUGGUGCAUUGCAAGAUGGGCGUCAGUCGUUCGGCCUCCACUGUGAUCGCAUAUGCCAUGAAGGAGUACGGAUGGGGCCUGCAGCAGGCCUUUGAGUAUGUUAAAGAGCGGCGGGCCGUCACCAAACCCAACCCAUCGUUCAUGAGACAGCUGGAAGAGUAUCAGGGAAUCCUGGUGGCAAGCAAACAGAGACACAAUAAGUUGUGGCGUUCCCACUCGGAUAGUGAUCUGUCGGACCACCACGAGCCGCUUUGUAAGGCCACUGCUGCACAGUCUCUCGGACGCUCCAAUUCCCGUAACCAGACCUUCUGCCAGACGUCACCCUCAAUACAGGAGCUACUGCAGACUCUCACACCCACUGGAGUUAAGGAGCAGGCGGCGCCUGAUACUACACCCUGGUCAGAUACUCACAUUUACAACGGCCUGGGGAACCCAGACGACAACCUCCAUGAACCCACAGAGACCCCCUUCAUCCCAAGACGCAGGGCUGCCACUGUGGUCCCUGAGGCCAGUUCUAAUGUCACCCCUGUGACCAUUACCGAGACGGUCUCGCUGUGUCGUCCUCAUCCGCCCGCCGCUGUACAUCAGCCACCUUCGUCCCCCGGGCUUCUCUCAGAUGCAAAGGCCAAUCAAGUACUGCCUGAGCAGCCUGAGGUGUCCAAUCUUGUGCCUUUGGAGAAGUCUAGUCCAAAGGUCCUCUCAUCCAUGAACGUUAGGAGUAGGACUCCUGAACCAUGCACAGAGGCCCUGGACUCCUCAGGGCUGCAGGAUCUCAGCCAGCAAGUGCCUAACACGGAGACAGACUGUGCGGGGUUAAGUCACAGCAGUGAUGAAGACCACCACCCCAGUGCCACAUCUACCACCCCUCCCUCCACUCUAAGCACAGACCGCAUUGACUUCUUCAGUGCCAGAGAGAAGUUCCAGGGCCUUUCUCAGGAGGGUCAGAUCCGUGGGACUUCUGAGCAGGCGUCGCAGCAGGCACCUCGGGACAAAAGUCCGAGCGUAGAGACCAAACGGCUACUUCCUGACAACCCUAUUAAAGAGGAGGAACAGAAAAAGGAGAGCUGCAGUGUCUCAGUCCAUAACAUAGUUUCAGAAAUGGAGUCCAUUCAGCACAGCGUAACCCCUCCCCCCCUUCCUACCAGCCAACCUGUUUCCAGUAGCAGCAGUGAGGAAGAGGAGUUCACUCCAGCCACAUCAGCAGAAGCUGAAACUGAGAAGGUGGAGCAUGGGAAAGAUUGGCCAAAGGGUACCGUGCGGCGAGCCACCAGGGAGCUUGAGCAGAAGAUCAAGCAGGUGGUCUUGUCAGCGGCACCGGUGUCCUCGGCCCCCGCAUGUCCCUCGCGACACUCCCCCGUCAACACCAGCAGCAGAGAGAGAACUGAGGAGACCUCAACCCACACACACCUCACACCUGAUCCAAGCACUGUGUCAACACACCAUCACCAGCCUCAGAACAACACGGACAAGAUGGAGAAAGACGAGAGUGUUUCGGCUGAAGAGGACCGAACAGGAAGCGAAAGCGAGAGACGACUCAGGGAGGGAGAGCACAGGAACACCGGGCUCACACACUCCAGACAAAGCCAUUCUGAUUCAUCUAGCUCUUCUCCAGUUGUGAUUCUCCAGCUUGAGGGAAUCACCGAGCAUGAGAGUUACACGGACUCUGACUGUCCCCUGGUACGCUGUCCAAAGGACAUGAGAGAAACCUGGGAGACCCUGAAAGAGCUUGGGGCAUUCCUCUGGCAGGUGAGUGGCUGCUCGGACAGGAGGCUCAGCCAGCCUUGGUCACGGAGGGAGCAUAGAAAGGGCCGGGCGACGCGAGAGAGGACCAAAGAGGUGGAGGCUCGGAUCCGGCAGGCUGGACUGACCCCACCCUCAAUGAUGAAGCGCUCGGCCUCGUUGGCCAAGCUUGGGUCGUUGGAGCUCUCGACCUUUGACCUGAACGAGCUUGACUUGAUUCCCGCCUUACUCCCUGCUCCCGCCAAUAAGCCACGGCCCCACUCGUACAGUGACGAUACCUCAAAAAAGAAGCGUGUUUUGCCCCGUUGCACUCCUGCUCUCCCUUCCUCCUCUGCCUCUCCUGUUUCGUCCACUGGAUCUCAUUCACCCGGACACGAAGAGAAUAAUGAUGAGACUGAAGAGGCGGAGUAUAGUGACUGUGAUGUCAUGCCCAUGCCACUGCCACUCUCCUCACCCUCCAAUGAAUGUUGGAGGGAGGAUAAUGCACAGGAGGAGGCAGGUUACGCCCCGUUACCUGCUCCUGCCUCGAUACCCGUGGCAACACGCCAACAGUAUGGGAGGACACAUCCCCUGCGGAGGCUGAAGAAACGAACUGUUAACCCUUACCACACUAUGUGACUUUUAUUCUGUAUGUGAGUGUAUGUUUGUGCUUGCAAGAGUGAAUUUGUGAUUUAAAGGGAUAGUCCAUCCAGACAUGAUAAUUCUGCCAACAUUUACUGUCAAUACACC